UCUACAAUAUGCGCGCUACACUACUACAGCUCGAAUAUUAUCAGGAGCUAGGAGCCAAGUCAACCAGCGAUAUUCUAUUAACCACUGCUUGAUUAUUGUAUUUAAUGAGAGAUAUUUAUCAGAUUUUAUGCAAUUAUGGCAACCUUUGGAGUAGUAGAAGACUGCGAUGGAAAGUUUUUAGAAGGAGGAUCGACGAAUUCGGCAGACGAAACAGAUUUCCCCCGGGCUGUUAUUGAUUUGGUGAAAACCUGUGAAAUCCCACUGAUGUAUUUCCGGAAUAGGAUAUUCUCUCCCCAUUCACAAGAUAUGUGCAGCUUGAUGCCUGCGAGUAAACCAGCCUCAAGGCACAGACUGAUUCAUAGGGAAUGGGGAAAAAGUGUAUCAAGCAGAGUAGAAGGUCGUGGUGUAAUGGCUCUCUUGACGAUAGAUGACCAAGCGUUGGAUGAAGAUAAAGCUAAGAGAAUAGCACAUUACAUUCAACAUCUACUCAAGGAUACUCAAUGUGAAUUUCUAAAAUGGGAUCAGCAAUGUCUUCUACUAUACUUUAGCUCAUGUAAUGAUUACCAACGUUUAGGAGAUCAUUUUAUGCGCAAAGAACUGGAUGACUGUGCAGGAUCAAAGGUUAUGCAGGUAGAAGCUGCCAAACUGACUAACCCGCCACGUAGUCUGAUAGAAAUCUCUGUGCCUCGUGCCCAAGGUGAUUCUACAAGGGAUACCAUAUCAUCCUUUCUCUCACACUUCUCUGGAGCUUUCACUCAUGCAACCAUCAUGGAGGAAGAGAACUCUCCUGCCAUUGCCGUGUCCCCCGAUGGCAUUCCGUCAAUGGGCGUGGUCAUGAUGUUUACGUCAGGUGCAGGUAGAGUAGAGGAAGUCCUCUCCAACCCGCCUUGGAAACGCCAGUCCCUAUCUGAUGAAGUCUCCCAGAUAGAGUUUGCAACCAAGUUCUGUGUCCACACGGAGAGGGCGCUGCCGUUCUGGGGGGUGCGUACAGGAGCGCCCUCACCUGGCGUGCGACUUCUUCUAUUCGUCCGUCAUCCAAGCAAGUUUGAUGACAUGGACAAGUUCUAUCAAGAAUUCACUGGCGUCACUCCUCUAGAGCAUAAAUCUACGUCCAGCUCACUCCGAUACAGUACAUAUACCCUCUCAACACGCUGUGAGUUCACACUAGCUCAUUAUCCCGGUUUGAAACCAUAUCCACUAGACUCAUUAUCAUUGGGAUUUCAUAUAAGGAAUUUGAACAAGGCUGGAACGGCAGAACGACUGAAUGAUGAUCAUUGGUCAACAAGAGAUCCCGAAGGCAACAAAGUUACACUAUUCUCUGUAAGAAGAUAGAUUAUCUAUUCAAGAAGUACUACGACAGUGUUCUUUUUAAAAACAAGUUUAUUAUAGAUUCACCUUUAUAGUGUUGAUAGUUAUUUCUUUUCACUUGUUUUGGAUUAUGCAGCUCUAUUUUAUUGAGCUAUUAUUAGAGAGGUACCUGAAUUUAAGUUUAAGAUACAGUAUGUUUCAUUUGUAAUUCCUAAAUCUCCAUUCGUUCAGCAUGGAGGCAACAGUUGAUCCACUGACUCCUAGAUAUUACAGGAAAGUCAAUUGUGUUUUUAAUGAGCAACAAAGGUGUCCAGAAAACUGAAUUUAUGAAUGGCUUGAGUAUGGUAAGCCAUACGGGGGCUAGGUCCAUGAUAUAAGGCAAGCCAAAUGGAGGCUUACAUAUGUAAGUUAUUAGUAGGAAAGCCAAGCGGGGGCUGAAGUUGGUAUAUACAAACCUGUCAGAAGUUAAGGUUAAUAUCAAUGUAUGGCAAGCCAAUUAGAAGCUUAAAUUUAUAAUUGGAACUAGCCAGGUGGUGGAUUAAGCAAAAGAUGAUGUUUGCCAUGAUAUUAAUUUAUUUGAAAUUACAGUCAUACUCUAAUGCAAGGGUCAUGGGAAUAUAUUGGCUUGCAUAAUUGCAAUCCAUAUUUCAGCCAUUCAUAAAGCCAUUUGUAACUUUACGUACAAAUUGAAUCGUGGAACACCUCCCUGCUUUACCAAAAUAGAAAAGAAAUUACCCGUGUUUGAUUUUCAAUAUUUAUUUUGAACGAUAUUUACAAUGACUUUAUUUUCAACUCUUACUGUCUGGUAUAUUUGAAGAAAGUUUUCUAUGAUGUAUGUAUGGAUAUAGAUACAGUCACAUAUCUUUAUUUAUUCGUGGUGUUGAUGAAAACACAAAUAAUAAAAAUCAAUAGGGGAAACUAAUAAUUGUACAAAUUUUUCAGGAAUUUUAUGCAGCUUGAUGAUUGUUCUCAAUUCACAAAGUAUUCUUUCUUCUUACCACCAUUUUCUAAUUCUGUAGCUGCUAUUAUUUAUGUCGUCGUAAUUUUAAAUAUACAUAUUUGGUAAGAUAUUCCCAGUAUAUUUAUAGCUUUUGAAAGAUACAUUUAGAUUAGUUUUGAGCAGUCCAUUUACUAUAUGAGAGCUAUAUACAUUUCAUUUGAACAAUUAAAUCCCUAGGACUAUGCUAAUCUCAAAUUGGCAACUUGAUGAAUAGAUAUUACAUGAUGACAGAUUUAUAGGAAAGUUAGGCGACUCUGAUUUGUCAUGGAAAUGAUUAUCGCAAAUUUACUUAUGAUUUUCUCCUUUUAUAAGCAAUUUUCCUGCAGUAAUGAAAAUUUGUAACAGCAUGUAUUUACGGGUUCUUACUCUUUGAACAUGUUUAACUUGAAUAGAAGGGCAGUUUAAUCAUUUUGUGCACAAAAGGAGAAGACUCAGGAGUGCCUAACAUUGUAGAUACCCGGAUAAAUAAUUGACCAAUUUUGGCUUUAGUAUAUAAAGCUCUGGCCCUUCUUUAUAUCGGACUUAAAGGUUGAGAUUAUGAUCAAUUUUGUUACUGAAUCAUUUUCAUUUUGAAUCCUCUAUCAAAAUUCCAAGGGGGUUUGCAAGAAAAUAUUUGCAAUCAAUUAAAUUGCAAAUUUAGAUCUACCUGAAAGCAAAUCACUUGUUGAUGCAAGAAGCAGGCUAUCAAUCUAUUGUAAAUUUGCAAUGAAAUGUAUGACUUUCAAUUGAUUUGUCGGUCCUAACAUUGACCUGCAAUCAAAUGAAAUGCAAGACUUUCAAUUGAUUUUGGGGGGUCCUAACAUUGACCUGCUAACAAUUGCAAUUUCUUGCAACACUCCAAUAGUGAUUUUUCAGAUGCAUCUUUCAACAUGUAUUUUACUUUCUAGCGUGCUUUCUUUCCAAAUCCCAUUUCAACAAAACAACAAGGGAAUUGGCAAGUAACCGGGGAUACCUUAGUCACGUCCUAUGGCGGCCGUACGGCGAACCGAAAACGACAGUCUUAACAUUUUUGUACCAGCUACAUGUAGGUGGUUUGAAUAAAAAUGAAUAUAAAACGGUUCUUUUCAACUCGCCUUACAGCCGCCGUAGGGAAAUGUGACUGAGUUAGAAAUAUUGCAAAAGACAAGGGAAACAUGUUCGGUGGCACUACCUACUUGUUACAGCAAAGAGAUGUACACUGCAAGACGGAAAGAAUAUUGAUGUUAAAUAUAUUUGUGAAUCAAUAAAAAAACAUAUUUAUAAUGUAGAGGGCAAUGGAGACCCUAACCAUGUUCUUGUUUUGUUGGUUUUAUGUGCAUGAAUGAUUAGUAGUCUUUUAACAUUCAGACCUUUAUGUAGUUUAGCAGAGAUAAGCCAAUAAUAUUUUUUUUCAAACUGAAUCGUCUUCCUGAAUCAUAAUGCCAAUUUGAAAUCAUGGUGCGAAAUUAAUACUUUAAUUUUUUCAGAUCAUGUCACACCCCUUGGUUAGAAGAAAUACCGAAAUCAGUGAAUGAUUUAUUUGUUGCUACAUGCACUUUUAAUGUUUUCCAUUUUGUCUGUUCAUUUGAUCAAUUGCAGGAAUAAUGUUUCCUUGUGACUUUCUCUAGGUAGGAUACAUUGACAGGUUUUGUACAUGUAUAUUAGUUAGGCUGAACACUAUUAUUUACACUUGAAAAACUUUCAAAAUUAUAGGCAUGGCUCAGAUUUAUCAUUGGAAAAUAUGUGAUCUGGAAUUGAUUAGUUAAGAAUGAUCUGGUAAGGCAGACAGUGAACCUUUGAUAAGAUGAAAGUCAUGUUCAGAUAUGAGCUCAGCAAUAUUUUCAUAGUGUUGAAACAUUCUGAGACACAUCAUCCCACCAACAUGUGUGAUAUAUGCUGACAAACCACCAUUUUACGUUUCAAGUCUGAAUUUGGAAAAAAAAUGCAAAGUAAAACUUGUGACAUCAUAAAAAAUUCAUUAUGAUGUUAUGACUUGUAUUAUGAUUCCAUCUGUCUUCAAGAAAAUGUCAUGCAAUUUCUGCAGAUAUCUAAAAAAAAUAAAUUGUACUCAAAAGAAUCUGAACGGCAUGCAGUGUUCUGUUGCUAUGUUGUUUUGCAAUAUAUUUUUUAUUCAUCAUAUCUCAUUGACUUCAUUCACAGAAAAAUAUGGCUGAGCUUUCUUGCACCAACUCUUAACGAGCCUUAAUUAUAUUGAUCAUGUAAUAAACUGGUAUUCUUCACUCUAAUGCAAAAUGGUUUGGCCCAAACGACUGAAGGAAUUUUUUCAUGCUUUUCCUUGUUGAAAAAAAAAUCAAUUCUGUGGAUGAUUUUGAACUGAAAACUAUAUUCAUGUGCAAAACAAGACAAUUUGUUUUUGUUUUACUGUGAGUCAUUCUAUAUUUUGUACAAGAAUAUAAAGUAAUUAUAAUCCCUUAAUUUAUGUAGUCAAGACGGUGAUUCAAAACUAGUUAAGUUAAAGAAUGUGGACCAGUAAGCUCAAAUAUUUUGGCCUACUUUGAAACACAAUUUGGAUUUGUCAAGAAAGACAGCCUUUCCACAAGUUUGCCUGAUAGUGCACCAAGCAACGUAUGAAUACUCAAUUGCAUGAAUUGUAGUUAUUGAAUUUCCAUUAAUCUGACUGGUCUACUACAUGUAGAUAUAAUCAUUCAUAAAUUUAAGAUUGUUAAUAGGGAUUAAACCAUUAUUGGUUUACAAGAAAAGUGACAUUUUUACUGUACUUUGAAAAGUGCCAAGACAGUUUGGUAAUGGCAUUGUGAUAUAUUCUUUAAAAAAAAGUUCUGCCACAUCAUGGUCAUUGUCAUCAUCAUCAUCAUCACCAUCAAUUAUAAUUACUAUUAUUUUUAAAAUAUUUUUAUCAGUAUAUAUUAUUAAGUGUUAUUCUUAUCACUAUUUUAUAAAGCUUUGUCAUUCAACUGCACAGAAUAACUUCUCAAUCUUGUCCAUUUAUUUCUCAGCAUUAUGGUGAAAUCUAUCCAUUUAAAAUAUCUGUAAAUAGAAAUGACAUAAUCCCACAUUCCGAGAUUUAAUACAGGUCAUCAAUAUUUUUUAAGUACAUGUUGAUUUUGUAAUUUAAUGCUCAGCGUUAAGAAUCCAUGACUUGGUGAUAGUUAUAACUAAAUAAAGUUUCAUGAUAAUUUA